CCCGACGGCCAUGUCCCUGCGGGCCUACAACAUCGACGAUCCCUCGAACGACGCUGACCAGCCGGACGCUCUGGUCGAUUUCACAGCCAUGCUAAGGCAGCAGCGGAACGGCGGACGGCAGCGCGAGUAUGGCGGCUGGUUUGGUUGCGGCAGCAAGAUGCAACCGGAGCCACCCGAUCAGGGCUACUACAUAGAGCAGUAUGUGCUGGGCGUGCUAGACUUCAGCUCUCAAUACGGCAUCGACUACAGCAUCUCGUACACGGCGGCGAACAUAAUUGGACGUCCCACCAAGUAUCCCUCAUACGGGGACUAUCCGGAGACAUACACAAUGCGCACCUACGGCGACUGGUGGUUGAAGGCCCCAUCGGCAACACGGGAGAUUCAGGCCCAGAACAUGCCGAAAGUGGACACCCAUGACUACAUAGUUGUCUACUUUGAGGAGUUCGUGGUCCCCACGGAGGUGGCCAUUUUUGAGACCUUUAAUCCCGGCGCCGUGGUACGCAUUUGGGCUUAUGGCAUGACCAAAAACUGGACUUGCCUUUGGGAGGCCACCGACAACGAUGUCAAGCUGGGACCGGGCAGGGAGUCGCGACGCUUUGCUCCUCCCAUCAAGAAAACCACCAUAAUAACCAAAACGCUGCGCAUCGACUUCAACCAUAGCCGCCUGUUCUACUACACGGAAAUUGAUGCCAUCAUGCUGUGCGGAAGGACCGUUUCUCGAAUCCAUAACCUGCUGGGCAGGCAGCGCCUCCAGCACCGACAAGUGGCGAGUGCGCCUUCAACACCGACACCUCCAUCGCUCCCAUCGUCAUCGGAGGAAAGCGGCGACGGGCCCAUCAGCUGCAAGUUGCGUACCUUGAAGUUUCAGCCCAACUGUGGCCAGGAUGGGGCCACCAAGCUGCACGAGUUCAUUAACAACGACCUAAGCCAGUUCCUGCUGGAGAAUCAAGUGGAGGAAACGGCCGAGGCGCCAGUAUCGCGCCUCUGCCUUACGGAUCUGCCCUUUGAGAUUCUGUUGCGCAUACUCAGCUACCUGGACUUGAAGUCCCUGUUCCGCGUGGGUCAGGUGUCGCGCACCUUUUACGAUAUAUCCACACACCCGCUGCUGUAUGGGGAGCUGAGCCUGAAGCCCUAUUGGCACUUGGCUAGCUCGGAGCUUCUCUGCACGCUGGCCAGCAGGGCGACGAUGCUUCGCAAACUGGACCUGUCCUGGUGCGGCGGCAUGGGCAAUAUCUCGCCCACCGAGUUCAAGAAAUUCCUGACCCAACGCGGCGACAAUCUUACCCACCUGCGGCUGAACUCCUGCAAGUUUCUGAAUGCAAGUUGUAUUGAAACCGUGGGAAUAGUCUGUGAUAACCUGACUGAACUGAGUCUGCGCAAUUGCGCCACCGAUCCACCACUGCUGAACUUCUCCUGUCUGGCCAAUCUCAAGAACCUGGAGCGACUCGAUCUCUUCCAAACGGCCUUCGAAACCGAACUGCUACUGAGCAUGCUCGAAAGCAAUCGCAAGCUGAAGCACUUGAACCUGGCCUUUUGUGGCGUCUCCGUCAACAUGGACGAGGUUGUUGAACACCUGGCCACCUACAACACCCAGCUAAUCACGUUGGAUCUGUGGAAGUCACACUUUCUCACCACCCGGGGACUGCAGUUCAUCACCAAGCUGCACCAACUGGAAGAACUGGAUCUUGGCUGGUGCCUGCGGGAGUCUUCGCUGGGCGAUGGCCUGUUCAAGCUGCUGACCAACUGUCCCAAGCUGAAGAAGCUCUUCCUGUCGGCGGUGCGUGGUACCACCGAACGUGAUCUCAUGCAUAUUGCGGCGCUGGGCAAGAACCUGGAGCAACUGGACAUCAUGGGCAUGAUAAGCCUAACACAUGAGCGAGUCUACGACAUCCUGGUUGGCUGUCCCAAGCUGCAACUACUGGACCUGAGCUUCUGCGAUAAUGUCGUAGACGGUGAAGGCUUUGACGACCUGGCGGAGUGGGCGCGACGUUUCAAUGUCGACAUCAAGAGCAGUCGUUUUCAUUUGGCCAGGCAUUAGAGUUUUGAUAAAACGCCUAGUUAAUAGCUACCCUGAUCUACCCAGGAACUCUGUAUAUCUAAACCCAAAAUGUGGCUCCUCCCCGUUUACGAUAAAAUGUUAUCUUUAUGUAUUGUUUAAAAAACUGCAUUUUUGACACGAAACUCGGUAGAUUUCGAGUUAAUAUACCCUGCUCAUGUUGUGGGGGAUCUGGGGGCUGUCACCAAAGUAAGUCAAAUAGCUUUUGAGCCUCAAUUCGAAAUAACAUAACUAAUCUAAAUUAUAAGUAUUUUAUAACAGUCACCUUAUCGUUUUCAAAUUUAAACUAACUAUCGAUAACUAAAUACUGUGCCAUCUCUAAUCAGGCUCUGAUAUCGAACCAAUAUAUCGGAUUGAAAAUCGAUAUUUAAGCAUCGUGUCAAUACGAUAUUCGAUAAUCGUUUGUCCCCCUACCAUCUCUAGCGCUCGUUUAUCUCGACUCUGCCAAAUUUAAUUAUUGGAAUAAACAAAAGGCUGGACUUUAUCUCGUGCCUUUAUAUCAGCCACUCGGAUGAGCCACCGGGAGCAGCCAAUGACGAAGCAGCGGCCAGUGGACGACAUCAGCCCCGCCAGCUGAGCAAACUGCAGGAAAAAUAACAACAUAGCAGAAAACAGAGAGAGAGAAAGAGGAAGAGUAACGAGG